UCAAAAGGGAAAAUCCAAAGAAGACAAUAUUGGCUAGCGGUGAGUUUGGAUUGUUACAGAUAGUUUGUUCCAAACUUAGAGAGUUUUUUUAAUAGAUAAGUUAAGAAGGAAACACUUCCAGAUACUGCAAGGUUAAUUUUGUUUUAAUAAUGCUCGACUCUGUUAGAGAGAAGGAAUCAGGUUGUGUUGAUUCACUCAUAGCAACAUGAAUACAGUAAUCAGGAAUGAUGUUACUUUACUGUUGUCUAGAAAGAAUGACGAAACAAUCGACUGGGCAAGAUCGUGGAAAACAACACUUUUCUCAUUGCUUGAAGAUGUUCCAAAUCAUUAUCGUCAUUUGGUAGCAUCUAUUUCCAUUGAUGGCACAUCUGCAACAACCAUAAUUGUGGACAGCAACACAGGACAGCCAUUGUCAAAGCCAUUAUUGUACAAUGAGACUUGUCCUGAUGCCUUACCAUUGGUGAAGUCUAUUGCUCCAGUGAACCAUACAGUCUGCUCUGCGUCAUCGACCUUAUGCAAGCUGGUUUCAUGGUGGAACAGUGCCGCCUCAAAUAAAGAAUAUGCCACAUUGUUACAUCAAGCAGAUUGGUUGUUGUGGUUUCUACAUGGGAAGCUUGGGGUUUCAGAUUAUAAUAAUGCUCUGAAGGUUGGCUAUGAUCCUGAAAUUGAAUCUUACCCACCCUGGCUUCUUGCUCAACCAUAUUCUAUGCUUUUACCUCAUGUCAAAGCUCCUGGAACUUCUAUUGGAUAUUUGAAAGAAGACAUUAGAUCACAAUAUGGUUUUCCAAAUGAUUGCAUUGCAUGCACAGGAACCACAGAUAGUAUUGCUGCAUUUCUUGCAGCACGUGCGACACUGCCAGGGCAAGCUGUCACUUCCUUGGGAUCCACGCUUGCCAUCAAAUUACUGAGUACCAAUAGGAUUGACGAUGCGCGGUUUGGAGUGUACAGCCACCGACUUGACAAUAUGUGGCUCGUAGGAGGUGCUUCAAACACAGGAGGAGCCGUUCUAAGACAAAUCUUUACUGACAAGCAAUUAGAAGAAUUGAGCAAACAAAUCAAUCCCAUGAAAAGUUCUCCUCUAGAUUACUAUCCUUUGACUUCAAUGGGAGAGAGAUUUCCGGAGGCAGACCCACAAAUGGCUCCCAGAUUACAUCCACGGCCAGAAAAUGAUGUCGAAUAUUUGCAUGGAAUUUUGGAAUCUAUUGCCCGUAUUGAGGGAAAGGCCUAUAGGUUAUUAAAGGAUCUAGGAGCAACUCAGGUAGAAGAAGUGUUCACAGCUGGAGGUGGAUCCAAGAAUGAGAAAUGGACGAAGAUACGAGAGAGAGUUCUUGGUUUGCCUGUGAGUCGGGCAAGUCAGACCGAGGCUGCAUAUGGAGCUGCUCUAUUGGCAUUAAAAGGUGCGCAAUUAUUCAUGCAAUGAGAGCUUUGUACAUUGUUGAACCCUGAAUAUUUUGCCAUUUUGGUGGCUAUUAAACAAACUUAUAUAAGCUCCAAUUAAAGAA